AUGUCGCUACAUCGUCCUGCCGCCGUGAAGAACAUGUGGGUCUCCAUUGCGCAGUCCCGCUUCAUGACUCCCCAUGCUUUCCAGUACUACUGCGCCGCCAGUGGCAUAUUCUCGUCCCUGCUCUUUUUUCUGGGAUUCGCCGCUGCCGACUUCCUACCCCCUAUAAAGCCGUGGUGGACGGCCGAAAAGACAGCCGAGCAUUACCAGCAUCACACACACCGAGUGCGCAUUGGCGCCUCGAUGAUCGCCCUCUCGGGACUUUUCUACAUGCCCUUCUGUGCCGCCAUCUCCAGCCAGAUGCGGCGCGUGCCGAAUCUGCACUAUGUCGUGCAGCAGCUCCAGCUAAGUGCCGCAGCGGCCGGCCUGUGGACUUUUGUGCUCCCCGCCAUCAUCCUAGCCACGACAUCGUACCGGCCCGAACGCAACCCCGAGAUCACGCAGACGCUCAACGACUUCUUUUGGAUCUGUACGCUGAUGCCAUGGCAAACAUUCAUGGUGCAGAACUUCUGCUUUUCCUACGCCAUCGUCAUCGACCAGCGGUCCAAGCCCUUGUUCCCCAAGGAACUGGCUAUAUUCAACAUGAUCAUCCCUUUCUUCUGGACUGCCUCGACCGGUAUCCACUUUACUAAGUUUGGUCCCGCUGCGUACAACGGCGCUCUUAGUUUCUGGUUCCUCGGUAUCUCCUUCUGUGGGCAGCUGAUAAUUGACGCUGUCUUCUUGCUUCGGGCCAUCCAUUCGGAGCCUGAAGGCGGCGAGCAGAUUGUGGACAUGUUCCCGAACCGCCUGCCAAAGGGAGAUCCCGAGGUUGCCCCCGGGAAGGACAUUUAG